AUGUCUUCGGCCGUCUCCCAACAUAAUGGCUCUCCGGGGUUACGACCACGUACCCUCCUUGCGGCGUCAAAGAACCUUGAAGAUCCAGCUAUCCAGAAUGGUCUGGACAAGGUGACCCUUGAUUCCAGUGGUCGAUCGACUCCUGUCGCCGAAGAUGCACCUCCUUCGGCACAUUUCCUAUCAACAGCCAGAAAACAAGCUCGGGCGCGGAAUCGCCUUUUCUACACCAUUGAAUAUGUGCCUCGGGUCUCCCAUUUCGAUCCGCAAAGUGACUAUCACAACUUCCGCGGCUUCUUCACUCUCUUUUGGAUCGCAUUGUUCAUUAUGGUGGUCACUACGGUGCUCCGAAACAUCAAGGACACGGGUUAUCCGCUGCGAGUGACGGUUUGGAGUCUGCUCUCGGCCAAUGUUGUGUCAAUGGGCUUCAGCGAUCUUGCCAUGGUGGUCACAAGUACUUUCGUUCUACCCCUCCAUUGUCUCUUUCGGAGCAGCAAUGGUUGGUUGCGAUGGGGAAAAGGUGGUGUGGUCGUGCAGAGUAUCUUUGAGGCAGUGUGGGCUAUUCUCUGGAUAAACUGGCCGUUCAUGCUGCAAUGGACCUGGACAGCACAGGUCUUCUUUACCCUCCACACGUUGACCUUCCUCAUGAAGAUCCACUCCUACGCGUUCUACAAUGGACACCUCAGUGAGACCGAGCGCCGGCUCUCCUCCCUCGACAAACCAGGGUUGGUGUCGAUGGAUGCCGCCGUACGAUAUCCCGACCCGACAUCACGAAACCGACGGCCAAGCAAUCAUCCGCGUUCCCCAUCCAUUGUGGACCUGCGCGAGGACCUCGCUACGGAGCUAACCUCCCCGUUGGGCCGUGUCACUUACCCGCAGAACCUCACUCUUUGUAAUUACGUGGACUACAUGUUCUGUCCAACGCUUUGCUACGAGUUGGAGUAUCCCCGAAGCCAGAACCGGCGAUGGACAGAGAUCGGAUUCAAGACGCUCGCAGUGUUUGGGUGCAUAUUCUUACUGACUCUCAUAAGUGAAGAGUUCAUCCUUCCGGUUCUCAGCGAGGCCAAUGCCCAGCUGCACGCGGUGAACAACGUAGCCGACAAAGCCUUGAUCCUAGCGGAGUCCAUCAGCAUGCUUCUGUUUCCGUUCACAAUCACCUUUUUGCUAGUAUUUCUGGUGAUCUUCGAGUAUGUUCUGGGCGCAUUUGCCGAGAUUACCUGCUUCGCCGACCGUCACUUCUAUUCCGACUGGUGGAAUUCCUCCGACUGGCUCGAAUUCUCGCGCGAGUGGAAUAUCCCCGUCCACCACUUCCUCCGUCGACAUGUCUACUUCUCUUCCCUAUCUCGUUUCUCCAAGCCCAUGGCCACGUUCAUUACCUUCCUGGUGAGCUCCAUUGCGCACGAACUCGUGAUGAGCUGCAUCACAAAGAAACUGCGUGGCUACGGCUUCAUUGCCAUGAUGCUUCAACUUCCUAUUGUGGCUGUCCAGAAGUCCAAAUAUUUGCGCGGCAAGACGACCCUCAACAAUGUCUUUUUCUGGUUGUCCAUGAUUUUUGGACUUUCCUGUAUGUGCGCACUAUACGUUCUCGUCUAA